UAAUGUAACCACCACCACCUCCACCUUACGGCUACCCUCCUGGAUAAUAUCCUCCUCCUCCUCCUGCAUAUGGAUAAGCUCCAUAUCCAUAACCAGGAUAUUAACCACCUCCUACUGGCUAUCCUUAUCCUCCUACUCCUGGCUAUCCUCCACCAGUUGGUGGGUAUCCAUAACCAGGCUAUCCUCCUACUCCUGGAUAUCCUCCCCCUUAACCUGGUUAUGUUCCACCACCUAAUUAUGCAUAACCUUACCCAGCUCAACCGUAAACAUUUUGAUUACUUCUUUAGAUAUCCUGGUUAAUAUCCUGCAACAGCUUAGGUUAUUCCAUAAGGACAAUAUAUUUAUGCUGGGGGAAAUGUUUAAAUAAAAAUAAGACCCAAUUGUUAUUUGUAUUAUUUUAUUUAAACAUUAGAUGUCGAGGAACUGGAUACUACAUGAAGAAAGGUAAAACAAAGUAAUGCAAAGAUUGUUUAUGGGCUAUGGGAAUUUGCUUAAAAUGUAAUGGAACUGGAUGGCAUAAGAAGGGUAAAGUUUGCUAAUGCAAAAUGUAUAAAAUAUAUUGA